CCCAUGCAUGUUGUCUUUUCGAAAUGGUAAGCUCCAUUUGUCAAUAUACGGCAAUACCUUUGCUAGAAGCUUUUUGCUAAUACACUAUUCAAUGUGAGUAUUGGAGUUCGAAUUCGACUGGAAGUCAGCUAGUGCCCUCUGUCAAGACAAGAAUCUGUAUUUCUGUUCAACUAGAAAGAGGAUGCCAGCUCGUUAGUUCCAGGGUAGCCAUGUCCAAGGCAAUUGCGUACCUAUUAUAGCACAAAUGGUUGUUCAUCAAGGGAAAGCUGGAGAUGCCCAUGGCGUCGACAUUGAUUCACUGGCUCGGCAGUUGCGGGAGGAGCUGGCUGUCGCGGGCUCCUCGUCCACGGCCUCGCAACCCACCGGCGGCUGCCCAAUCAUCAUCGCCGAGGUCGGCAGCCUCACCCGCAACGUGGACGCGGCGGAGUACGACCCGCACCACGUCUCCAUCGGCCCAUACCAUCGCAUCAGGAACCCGGACCUCGCCAAGGAUGACGAGAAGAUAAGAUGCCUCGACGCCGUCCUGUCUGCGGCGAGCGGCGCCGCCACGGCGUUGGAGGAUUACCUCGACGAGAUCGCGCGCCUCGAAGGCAGAGCGAGGAGCUGCUAUGCCCACAGCUUCAGCAUGGAUAGCAAUGAGUUCGUGCGCAUGCUGCUGCUCGACGGCUGCUACCUUCUCGUCCGGUUCGGCGACGUCGACGCCGGGCGCCGCACGGAUUCGAAGGGGGCGCCCGCGGCCAAGGGCGCCACCAUGUCGGCGGCAGGCGGCGGGGACAUGCUCAAGGCCGUCGCGGUGGUGCGCGACGUGUUCUACCUUGCUGAGAACCAGAUCCCGUUCUUCGUGCUCGACAAGAUCCACCAGCUAACCCUCUCGGAAAGCACCGUUUCCGCGGCGGACGCCAUGGCCGGUUAUGCCCGCAAACUCUUGUGGACGCAGCAGUACUCGGCGGCCACGCCGGCGGUCGCCGAGAUGGGAGAGCCGGGCAAUCUUCUGCACCUGUUGCACAUGCACUUGAAGCCCACUAUACAUUCGUCGCGCACCAGCGACAAAGUAACCGUCAGGCGUCGCGUCGGCCGGUGGCAAACGGCGACGGAGUACCACCUCGCCGGCGUGAGGUUCAAGAGCCGGUCCAUCGGCAGCGGCGGAGUCCGCAGCAUCCUGGACGUGAAGCUCGACGGCGGCGGCGGCGGCGGCACGCUUGAGGUCCCCAAGCUGAACAUCGACGCCGAAACGUGGCGGCUCCUCCGCAACCUGAUGGCCCUGGAGCAGCGGAACCCGGAGGUCGCCGGCAGCCACGUGACGGCGUACUGCGUGUUCGUGUCGCAGCUGGCCUGCACGGCGGGGGACGUGGAGCUCCUGUCGAGGAGAGGGGUCGUUUCGCACGGCCUGGGCAACCACGGCGAGGUCGCCGCCCUGUUCUCCGACCUCUGCAAGGGCGUCGUGUUCAGCGCGAACGAUCCGGACCUCAACUACCUGAAGGCGAUUUGCCAGGCGCUUGAGGAUGGGUCCCGGUGCCGCCCACGGCAGUGGAUGGCGUGGCUGCGGCGGGCGCACUUCCGCAACCCGUGGGUCGCCGUUGGGCUCGCUGCGGCGAUGGGGCUAGUUUGUGCCAUGGUGCAAGCGGUGUACUCUGUUUUGAGUUACCGUCAAAGAGCGGGAUGGUAACGAGAAAGCGACCUACUCUGGUAGACUGGUACAACUAGUAGUUGGAUUACACUUUGUAUACGCCGCGGUUUCUGUUUCUCACAAUUCAGGUGUGUUUGGAAGAAUUUAUUAUGACUUUGAUUUCACGUGUUUUGUGCAAAUUGUCGUACUGCAUCGUAAAGUAAGUUUUUUAGUAAGUUAAAGUCAUUUUUUUAAUUUCAUCA